UGCAUCACUACUCUGGAGUCCCAGUGCUCUGGUUUCAGGGCACUUGGGUCUGGGGGGAAGGAGGUAUAGAGAGAGGGAUGGCAGACACCCCUCAAACUGUUCGAACCUCUCCUUUUCCUUGCAGGAACACCUCUCUCAGCUCACUCCCAGAAUGGCCCUUGCCCGGAGUCCCCUGGCUAUGGAAUACGUUAAUGACUUUGACUUGAUGAAGUUUGAAAUAAAGCGGGAACCCCCAGAGGGCCGACCUGGACUCCCCACAGCCUCACUGGGCUCCACCCCUUACAGCUCGGUGCCUCCUUCACCCACCUUCAGUGAGCCGGGCUUGGUGGGCAGCAGUGAGGGCCCCAGGCCAGGCCUGGAGGAGCUGUAUUGGUUGGCCACUCUGCAGCAGCAGCUGGGGGCUGAUGAAGUGCUGGGGUUGAGUCCUGAUGAGGCUGUGGAGCUGCUUCAGAACCAGGGCCCAGUCCCUGUAGAAGGGCCCCAGGAUUACUAUUCAGGGAGCCCAGGAGAGACAGGAGCCCAGCAUGCCCAGCUGCCCGAGCGAUUUUCGGACGCGGCGCUGGUCUCGAUGUCUGUGCGCGAGCUGAACCGGCAGCUGCGGGGCUGCGGGCGCGACGAGGCUCUGCGGCUGAAGCAGAGGCGCCGCACGCUCAAGAACCGCGGCUACGCUCAGGCCUGUCGCUCCAAGCGGCUGCAGCAGCGGCGUGGGCUGGAGGCCGAGCGUGCCCGCUUGGCCGCCCAGCUGGACGCACUGCGGGCCGAGGUGACCCGACUCGCUCGCGAGCGCGACCUCUACAAGGCCCGCUGUGACCGACUGACCUCCAGCGGCCCUGGGUCCGACGACCACGCUCACCUCUUCCUCUGAGCCUCUAGGGCAGGGGGUGUGGCGGUUUGGAGGUGUCUGGUGAGCAAGUCUAAAUGGUCUUCCAAAGAGGCUCCAAGAUAACGGGACCAGAAGGACACAUCCUGUUCAGCCUCCAGGCUAUAGCUCAGGCGCUAGAUACACAGCAUGGCUUCUCUGGAAAUUCUCAUUUGUACCGGCUCUCUGUGGCUCCCUCUAGGCUGCCUCGGCCUUCCAACUGCAGAGGGUGCUCCUGCUACCUCUUGCCUCUCAGAGCUGAAGUGUGACCUCACAGGAUAACCAGGAGCCGAGAAAGGGUGGCUUUUGUGAAUUA